GGUCCAGUCGCGUAGGCUUGAGUUGGUCGACGACAACAUUUUUUGAAUUGACUGUAUUUUGGGCUCCCUGUGGCUUGGGUCACGCGACAAGAUGGCGUCUCAGAAGUGGACAGGGUAUCACUUGCUUGUCUUUAUUCUCACUUUUAUGAGCUAUGCCUUUUUCCAUGCAACGAGAAAAGCAUUUAGUAAUGUCAAGGACACGUUACAAAAAGAAUGGACGCCACACAACAAUACAUAUGAUUUAAAACCAUUCACCAAAUGGAAUUCAGUCCAUUUUUUUAAGAACAAGGAUAGUGCUGCAUUAUUUCUUGGUGCGAUGGAUACGACCUUCCUUUCUACAUAUGCCUUGGGCCUGUAUAUCAGUGGAGCUCUGGGCGAUAGAUUUAAUCUGAGGAAGGUUCUUUCUCUGGGGAUGUGUUUAUCUGCCAUUAUGGUUUUCAUGUUUGGAACUGCAAGCAAGUGGCUCGGCAUCUAUAACAUCUGGUAUUAUGGCGUAUUUAUGGCCCUAAAUGGAUUUUUUCAAUCUGCUGGUUGGCCAUCAUCUGUUGCUAUAAUGGGGAACUGGUUUGGAAAGUCAAGUCGUGGUUUUGUUUUUGGACUUUGGAGUGCUUGCGCAUCAGUUGGCAACAUUAUUGGUGCAUUUGAGGCUGCGUCAGUCCUGAAUUAUGGUUAUGAGUAUGCCAUGAUGUUACCCUCCGUCAUUCUGUUUGCUGGGGGUAUUAUAGUCUUCUUUUGUCUGGUUCCUUCACCUGCCGACAUUGGUCUUCCUAUGCCUUGUGAGGAUGACAGCACAGAAGAGGAGAGACAGCCAGUUUUUAGCGAUACUGAGGGUGACAACCAACAACAGCCAUACCCAAACAGAGCUCCUUACUCCCUUCCAGAUACACUUUUCCAGUCAUCGUCUGUUACUCCCAAAGAAAACAAGAAAGCCAUUGGAUUCUGUCAAGCUUUGCUUCUACCAGGAGUCAUCCCUUACUCAUUAUCAUAUGCCUGCCUGAAGCUUGUCAAUUAUUCCUUCUUCUUCUGGCUGCCAUAUUAUCUUUCCAAUGCUUUUCACUGGAAAGACACAGUUGCAGAUGAACUUUCUACCUUCUACGAUAUUGGUGGUAUCAUUGGUGGAGCAAUAGCUGGAUUUAUUACAGACAGUAUGCGAUCCAGAGCACCAGUAGUUGUCACUAUGCUUAUACUCUCUAUAGGUUGUCUGUUUGGAUACAAAAGUACUGGAUCUAAUUAUAAGCUCAAUGUUGGCGUUAUGACUUUAACAGGGUUUAUGAUAGGAGGUCCUGCAAACCUGAUAAGUUCAGCCAUUUCUGCUGACUUAGGAAGACAGCCAAGUCUUAGAGGAAAUAGUGAAGCACUGGCUACUGUUACUGGUAUAGUUGAUGGAACUGGUAGUGUUGGUGCAGCCAUCGGCCAGAUUUUAAUCCCAAUUAUCAACAACUACAACAAGGGUGCCUGGGCUGAUGUCUUCUACUUYCUCAUGAUCAUGACAUUUAUGAGUUUCGUAUGCAUUAUUAUCCCUCCAACAAUAGAAUUCUUCAGAAGACUGUGUUUUCCACCAAGAUAUGUGUAUGAUGAAUCGGCUGCUUCAUCUCUGAUUCAUUCAGAAGACGAGAGAAUUAAUGCGUCCCCGACAGAUUCAUUUAAAGCUUGAAAAUUAUAGAAGAUGUACAGAGGGCUGGGAAUAAUUGAUUUGUGUUUAGAAACUGUUCUUUUGAUUCAACUGGUCUGACGGGGAGAUUUUAGUUUUAAUAAAAAGGAAAUGGAAAAUAAAGAGCAGUCGUACGUAA